GCCGCGGCGUUAGAGACGGCACCAACUCGCGUAACAAUCGACCAAGUCGCUCGCAGUACUGCAACAUUCUUGGCGUAAAAGUUCUAGUGAAUGGUUUACUCCAUGUAAUGUGCGAUAAAUACUCCAUCGGAAUAUAGUGCGACCGACAAAUUUUGAUUGUGUGUGUUGGAUUAUUCUCUAUGGAGUGUUGGAUGACACGUACGAAACAUUUUCACUCUGCGUCCAUGUGAAUAACAAAAAAUGAAAAAGAAUAAUUAUAGUUUACAAGUUUCUGACUUUGACGAGGAUCACUGCUGCGCGGGAAAUGUCAUUGGCAACUUUCGCCGCGCUUCCUCACUGCGGCUGCGCGGUGAGAAAAUGGUGCAGCGAUCACCUCUGUCCACCAGGAGAUUAAUUCCAAUAAUCACGGAAAGUACUAAUCAGAAACAACGAAACGAUGGCUCUCGUCUACCGGAGCCAAGCCAUCGUCAACGCAGCCACUCAUUUAACUGCAAUAGCCAAAAGACAAAGAAAUCCUGUUUAAAAAAUCAAGAUUGUACCGAUAGGCACCUGAGCAUGACAGAUUCUGCACAUACCCCACCUGGAUCACCCGAAGACUUGCCCGAUGAUGAAUCUUUGCACAGUUACGGAAGCGCCGCAACAGCAGCGUCCAUUGACGCUGGCUAUGCCCCAUUCAAUGGGACUACAUUCAGUGGUCGAUCAAUGCGGUACGUCCUGCACUGCUCCUCUCAUGCUGGCCUUGCCGGGGAUGAAUAUCUCACUCCCACUCAGCGGGCCCAAAAACAAAUACGGCGACUUAAAAGUUUGCUCAGUCAGGCAAAAAAAGACUUGGAAAAGAAGGACAGUGAAAUUUUUCACCUGACUAAAGAGGUUGUUGAGUUGCGUCUCUACAAGGCUUCAAUAAUCUCUCCCGAUGAUAAAUCAAAUUCAAGUGAAGUUGUGACCAUCAAGGAGAAUAAUGAGGAUGAAGCUGAUGGAAGAGACAGCUGCCAGGAGAGUCACAGGGCCUACGAUGUCACCGAUAGCCCAAUCUUCAAACAGACUCCAACCCGCUGUAGAAAUGAAAUGCAAAGUUCCUUUACUGACUCCGGACACUUUGAUGAUCUCACAAACUCAUCCUUACACUCCAAAGAAUCUGUGCUCAUGCUCACUCAUGAGGCGUCAUGCAUGACAGAAGAAUUAGAUAGCGAAGAGGAGCGACGCAGCUUAAUAUCAUUUUAUGAGAAGAAAAUAGAGGAUGUUAUGAGAGCACAUGUCGGCGAGACACAGGAACUAAAGAAAGCCCAUAAUGAUAAAGUAGAAGCACUGUUGCAGAAGUUAGCUGACGUAAACACUAGAUAUUGUGAGCUUCUUCCAAACUAUGAGCAGGCAAAGGAAAAAAUUCACUCUCUCGAGAAACAAUUGGAAGAAGCUAGCAAACAAUUACAAGAUGAUGACAGUAGGCAUCGUGCUGUCUACCUGCAGAUGUAUAAUAAAGGAAUGGAAGCUGCUAAAUUUGAGUUAGAAAAGGAGGGUGAUCCAGAAGCAGGCCCGAGUCAGUUGAACCGAGUGUCUGUUGAGGAGCUUCUUGAGCAACUGCAGAUCACUCAGACUGAGCUCGAGAAUGUCCGAGAUACUGAAUUCAAAGCGGACCGAACUACUAAGUCUCAAGUACUUCUAAGUGCAAAGGAGGCUGUUUCUUUAUGGGUCCUAGGAGCGCGCAAGGCCAUGUACCGUCGCAUUGUUGAGUCGCAGAAGGGUACCAAGACCAACAUUGACCCCGAAGUGACCCUGCAGUUCCUCAAGUCGGCCAUCUACUACUUUCUCACAGACCCAGAGAAUCACCAGGGUCACCUAAACGCGAUAGAGAAUAUCCUCGGCUUCACAGAAACGGAGAAGAAGAAUAUAAGGAAGGCGCGGCCCACUUAAAGACUGGGGACAGUUGUGAUAGUUCAUAUUUAGUUAUAAUUGUUGCAUGUCCGAUGGACUUGUUAGUUACAUUAAUUAAAUUGAGCACGUCAGACCAGCAUCUUUGACGGUUGCAGU